UUUUGGUUUAAUUAUUUUGUUUUGCAUUCCUCUUUGCGUUAUCUUUUCUUUCAAAAUGACACCGUACCCAUUAGAAGACAAGGUUAUCUUCGUAAAUUGAUGGUAAGUGGAUAGGAUAACUCUGCGAUUUAUUUUCUCUCGAGCUUCAAAGUUCUGAGCUUAGAGCUCUCGGCGAAAACAUGGCGUCUUCCUCAGUGACGCUCUCUCUCUGCUCUGCUUUCUCUACUCAUUGCAAUGUCACUUCUCGCCGUUCAAGCGUGAUUCUCAGUUCUCUCUCGAAACCUUCUCUUAAUCUAACUAAGCCUGUGUCUGGGUUCCUUUCUCCUUCCACUGCGUCAACGUCUCGGCCUGCAUUCCCCGUCGCGCCGAAAUUCGCAGAAUCAGUCCUUGAGGCUGAACAGGAGACUACUGAUGUUGAAGCUACGGUGGUAUCCGAUGUCGCGGAGGACAAACCUAAACGAGAAGAGAUUUUCGCUGUUGUUAUGGUUGGUGGACGCCAAUACAUAGUUUUUCCAGGGAGAUAUCUCUACACUCAGAGGCUGAAAGAUGCAAGUGUCAAUGAUCAGAUUGUUCUGAACAAAGUGUUACUUGUGGGCACAAAGACACACACUUACAUCGGCAAACCGGUGGUGACCAAUGCAACUGUACAUGCUGUAGUGGAAAAUCAAGGUCUGAAUGAUAAAGUGGUAGUCUUCAAGUACAAGCCAAAGAAGAAGUACCGUAGAAAUAUCGGUCACCGACAGCCAAAUACGAGGAUUAAGAUUACAGGAAUUACAGGGUACGAAGAGUAUCCAGCGUCUCCCAAUGUUCCGGUUUGAACUUGUGUUGAGAAGUAUAUAGGAUCUUUGACAGAAUAUGCUUCUUUGAAUUGAAUGUUAAUUUUAUGAUAUUUCUCUAUGCAGUUGUGUAAAACUAGACCAUUUCACUUUUUUCUGUUGAGAUGCAUUUUAUUAAUAUGCACCCGCUUUUGCCAUUCUUUCUUGUGUUAAUUAGCAAAGUAGCCAUAUUGGACCUACAAAUUAA